AUGUUUAAUUCAUUCUUUCGAGGACUUCUGGGUAUUGAGGAGCAGCCGACUAAAGUCUUAGAAGUGCGAUCAGACAACUAUAUUUCUAGGCCGAUACAUUACAGGGAAGAUUCUAUGUUACUUUAUGGACCAAAAAUUCCCCCUGAUACCAAGAACCCUAAAGAUAAACUUUAUGAAAUUGUUCUACAUAAACCUUUUACUGAAAGCCUACAUCAAAUGUUCAGUUUAUUCCGAUCAGAAAAUCAAGAAAGUGCAGAAGAUAAGUUCAUAGUUUUUAAAGAAAAAAUUCCACUUUUUAUAAAAAUCACUAAAGAGUGUUCAGUUCAGUCCUUACAGAAGCUAUGCGACACGUUAUCGGAACAUCGAUCAUGGACGAUUGCGCAUUUGGUAGCUCACUUCGGCCUCUAUGAAUUGUUCAAUGAACCCGAUGUCCAGAGGCAUUUUGAUGACCCAGAUCCAGCGACUGGAGCCACUCCAUUAAUGGUAUCAGUGAAUACAGGCAACGUUCGGAUGGUGCAGACUCUCCUUUCUUUGAACUGCUCUCUAAACGCAAUCGAUCUGGAGGGGAACAGCGUUUUCCAUUACGCCGCAGCUAGUAAUAAGGAAAUUAUUAAUAUUCUGGCAAGCAAAACCUCUUCAUCUCUGAACUAUUACAACAAGCAGGGUUAUACUCCAUUGCACAUGGCUUGCCUAGCGAACGCGCCUGACUGUGUCCGUGCUUUACUGCUCGCCGGUGCGGACGUUAACCUUUCCGCUGCUAAGCGAUCUCAACCACCUAACGCACUGCCAGGUAUCGUUUGCGACAUAGUCCAAGACAAACACCCGAAGCUAUACCAGCAAGAUAUGAAGCAUGGGGGCACACCAUUACAUUGGGCAAUAUCCAGAGAAGUGAUUGAAGCAUUGGUCGACAAGAAUUGCGACAUAAACGCUUUGAAUUUCGAUGGUCUAACCGCUUUGCACGUGAUGGUGCUAAGAGGGCGCCUCGAAUGUGCAAUAGCUUUACUCUCUAGAGGAGCUGAACACUCAAUAGGAGAUAAAGAAGGGAACACAUCGCUGCAUCUUUCCGUGAAGCAAACAAAUAUAUCGAUAGUUCAAGCCUUGAUUGUCUUUGGGGCGGAUUUGGAAGCAAAGAAUAACGCAGGGUUUACGGCGAGGCACACUGUUCCCGCCGAGAUGUCAGACAGCGCUUACGAUAAGAUUUUGUACAUUUUGCAUGCUGUGGGGGCACAAAGAUGUCCGCCGGAGAUGGCUGGAUGCGGGCCAGGCUGCUCCGCGCGCGGGGAGUACAACGGCGUGCCGCCGCCGCCCGUGCCGACGACCGACGGGCGCGAAGUUAUCAGCGACAUGCUCACCUCCGCUGCCGUCGUAAAGUCAGCCUCACUAGAAAGCAACAUGAAACAAGGACGCUUACUUUGUCUAGAUGGAGGCGGUAUCAGAGGUCUCGUUCUAAUCCAACUACUCAUUAAUCUUGAAGCGGCUAUCGAGCAGCCUAUCAUCCAUUGCUUCGACUGGGUGGCGGGAACUAGCACGGGCGGUAUCUUGGCAUUGGCCUUAGCCGCCGGAAAGACACUGAGGGAAUGUCAACAACUUUACUUCCGUAUGAAGGAGUUCGCCUUUGUUGGAAUGCGACCUUACCCUUCAGAACCGCUUGAGUCAAUCCUAAAAGAGUGUUUGGGAACGGAAACUGUUAUGGCGGAUAUAACGCAUCCAAAGUUGAUGAUACUGGCUGUACUUGCUGACAGAAAACCAGUGGACUUACACAUCUUCAGGAACUACGAAUCCGCACAGGAUAUACUCGACCGAUAUAAUGGAACUUCGAGUCCUCGUGGUGCGGCGAGUACGGCGGGUGCGGAGACCGGCGCGCGGCGGACCGUGGUGUCGCUGGCGGCGCCGCCGCCGCCCGCUGAGCAGCUGGUGUGGCAGGCCGCACGCGCCACGGGCGCCGCGCCCUCCUACUUCCGCGCCUCGGGCCGAUAUAUAGAUGGUGGGCUAAUGGGUAAUAACCCAACGCUGGAUGCCUUGACUGAGUUAGCUGAGCUACGUCUCGCUUACGAGGGCACUGGCCAACAUGAAGAGGCUAAAAAGACGAAUCUCAAGAUUGUUGUGUCUUGCGGAACAGGACGUAUUCCAGUUAGUGAAAUAAAGGACUACGAUGUAUUUAAGCCGGAAGGUCUAUGGGACACAGCGCGGCUCGCAUGGGGACUUAGUGCACUAGGAAAUUUAUUAGUAGAUCAGGCGACGCAGUGCGACGGACGUGUGGUGGAGCGCGCGCGCGCGUGGUGCGCGUGCGCGGGCGUGCCCUACCAGCGCUUCUCCCCGCGCCUGGCGCGCGACGUCGCCAUGGACGAGCGCGCCGACGACCGCCUCGUUGCCAUGCUGUGGGAGGCGCACGCCUACAUGCGCGAGUGCCGUGACCGCGUCGCCGAGGUCGCCGCGUUGCUGCGACACCAGCCAGAUCCGCAAAAGUAA